GCGGACUUUACUCAGAAAAUACCAUCAAAUUUUAGCCAUGAAGUUCACUUCACUCACCACUGCAUUCGUUACUGCCGCAGCGAUGACUGGCGUAGUUAUCGCAUCCGACGUCCCAGUCGGGCCCCCCAAGCAAGGGGAGAAAGCAACCCCCCCGGACGCGACGCAACUCUGCGACAAACCUGAUGCAUUUGGGUGCUCAAAGGGUAUUGAAGGCUACAACGAAGGCAACGAUUUUGCGUAUACCUGCGCAAGUGAAGGGCAAUUCAAGUCCUUGGUGCGAUGCGCAUGCAAAGAUUGCUGCCACUUGAAUGACGAUGGGAACAUUCCCGUAUGUCCCGAGAUAGCGACCCCCCCCAUCCGAGUUGCUGAUGCGCUUGCUUUCGCUAGUGGAUGUGGCCCGUAUUGCAAUCGUGCUGAAGCUGCGAAGCCAUGAAACAAUUAGCAUGGUACGUGCAGGAGAGCGGGAAGGAGUACUAUAAUUGGAGGUCAUGAUCACUAUGUCAUUGUCC